GGGAAGAUGGCGGCUGCUCUUUUGGAGGAGUGGGAUUGAGAGGGGAGGGAGGAGGCCAGACAGGAGAGACAUUCCUGACUGUGAAGACGAACAUUUCGCUCGCUAGUCAUUAGGAGCUCUGCUCAGCGCCACAGGUCAUCGAAAGCUGUUAUAUCAUUAUUGCUGAAAUCUUUUGGCAACCCAAAGGAAGAAGAGUUGAAGAAGAGUCAGGAGGUCCAGUGUCCUAGAAGGAAAACAUCACCAUGGCUACAGAAAUUGGUUCUCCUCCUCGUUUUUUCCAUAUGCCAAGGUUCCAACACCAGGCACCUCGACAGCUAUUUUAUAAGCGACCUGAUUUUGCACAGCAGCAAGCAAUGCAACAGCUUACCUUUGAUGGAAAACGAAUGAGAAAAGCAGUAAACCGAAAAACCAUAGACUAUAAUCCAUCUGUAAUUAAGUAUUUGGAGAAUAGAAUAUGGCAAAGAGACCAGAGAGAUAUGCGGGCAAUUCAGCCUGAUGCAGGUUAUUAUAAUGAUCUGGUUCCACCUAUUGGGAUGCUGAAUAAUCCUAUGAAUGCAGUAACAACAAAGUUUGUUCGAACGUCAACAAAUAAAGUAAAGUGUCCAGUAUUUGUUGUUAGGUGGACUCCAGAAGGAAGACGGUUAGUCACUGGAGCCUCUAGUGGAGAGUUCACCUUGUGGAAUGGACUCACUUUCAAUUUUGAAACAAUAUUACAGGCUCACGAUAGCCCAGUGAGAGCCAUGACUUGGUCACAUAAUGACAUGUGGAUGUUGACAGCGGACCAUGGAGGAUAUGUGAAAUAUUGGCAGUCGAACAUGAACAACGUCAAGAUGUUCCAGGCACAUAAGGAGGCGAUUAGAGAGGCCAGUUUCUCACCCACGGAUAAUAAAUUUGCUACAUGCUCUGAUGACGGCACUGUUAGAAUCUGGGACUUUCUUCGUUGCCAUGAGGAAAGAAUUCUCCGAGGGCACGGUGCUGAUGUGAAGUGUGUAGACUGGCAUCCAACAAAAGGGUUAGUUGUUUCAGGAAGUAAAGAUAGUCAACAGCCAAUCAAGUUCUGGGAUCCCAAGACUGGGCAGAGUCUUGCAACACUUCAUGCCCAUAAAAACACAGUAAUGGAAGUGAAAUUAAAUCUCAACGGUAACUGGCUACUCACAGCAUCACGUGACCACCUCUGUAAACUUUUCGACAUCCGAAACCUGAAAGAAGAGCUUCAAGUCUUCCGAGGUCAUAAGAAAGAAGCUACAGCUGUGGCCUGGCAUCCUGUUCAUGAAGGCCUUUUUGCCAGUGGAGGGUCUGAUGGCUCUUUGUUAUUCUGGCAUGUCGGGGUAGAGAAAGAAGUGGGUGGGAUGGAGAUGGCCCAUGAAGGAAUGAUUUGGAGUCUGGCUUGGCAUCCUCUUGGACAUAUUCUCUGCUCAGGCUCAAAUGACCAUACUAGCAAAUUUUGGACCCGAAACCGGCCAGGUGAUAAAAUGCGAGAUCGAUACAAUCUAAACCUGUUGCCUGGAAUGUCUGAAGAUGGAGUGGAGUACGAUGACCUUGAACCUAAUAGCCUGGCAGUAAUUCCAGGGAUGGGAAUACCAGAACAACUAAAAUUAGCUAUGGAACAAGAACAGAUGGGGAAAGAUGAAUCAAACGAAAUUGAAAUGACAAUUCCAGGUUUAGAUUGGGGAAUGGAGGAGGUGAUGCAAAAGGAUCAGAAAAAAGUACCUCAGAAGAAAGUUCCUUAUGCAAAACCUAUUCCUGCUCAGUUUCAGCAGGCUUGGAUGCAAAAUAAAGUUCCAAUUCCUGCUCCAAAUGAGGUAUUGAAUGACAGAAAAGAAGACAUUAAAUUGGAAGAGAAGAAAAAAACACAAGCAGAAAUCGAACAAGAGAUGGCCACAUUACAGUAUACUAACCCACAGCUUCUGGAGCAACUUAAAAUUGAAAGACUUGCACAGAAACAGGCUGAGCAAAUUCAGCCUCCUCCUUCAUCUGGCACCCCUCUCCUGGGACCCCAGCCCUUUCCAGGACAAGGUCCAAUGUCUCAGAUCCCUCAAGGUUUUCAACAGCCUCAUCCAUCUCAGCAGAUGCCAAUGAACAUGGCUCAAAUGGGGCCUCCAGGUCCACAGGGACAGUUUAGACCCCCUGGACCCCAAGGACAAAUGGGACCACAAGGUCCUCCACUGCAUCAGGGAGGUGGGGGGCCACAAGGAUUCAUGGGACCACAAGGGCCCCAGGGCCCACCCCAGGGGUUGCCGAGGCCUCAGGACAUGCAUGGGCCCCAAGGAAUGCAAAGGCAUCCUGGACCUCAUGGCCCUUUGGGACCUCAAGGACCACCUGGACCACAGGGCAGUUCUGGUCCUCAAGGCCAUAUGGGUCCUCAGGGCCCACCUGGCCCACAAGGUCACAUAGGCCCCCAAGGCCCACCUGGUCCCCAGGGUCACUUGGGCCCUCAGGGACCUGGUACUCAAGGUAUGCAGGGACCACCUGGUCCCAGAGGAAUGCAAGGACCUCCCCAUCCUCAUGGGAUGCAAGGUGGGCCAGGGUCUCAAGGGAUCCAAGGUCCUGUGUCUCAGGGACCUCUGAUGGGAUUGAAUCCAAGAGGAAUGCAGGGUCCUCCAGGCCCCCGAGAGAACCAGGGUCCUGCUCCCCAAGGGAUGAUGCUGGGCCACCCGCCUCAGGAGAUGCGAGGACCUCAUCCUCCAAGUGGACUGCUGGGACAUGGCCCUCAGGAGAUGCGAGGCCUGCAGGGGCCUCCGCCCCAAGGAUCAAUGCUGGGCCCUCCCCAGGAAUUGCGAGGGCCUCCAGGCUCACAAGGUCAGCAGGGGCCGCCCCAGGGCUCUUUGGGACCUCCACCCCAGGGUGGCAUGCAAGGGCCCCCUGGACCUCAGGGACAGCAGAACCCGGCAAGAGGGCCACAUCCAUCUCAAGGGCCAAUACCAUUCCAGCAGCAGAAAACAGCUCUGCUAGGUGAUGGGCCCCGGGCCCCCUUCAACCAGGAAGGACAGAACGCAGGCCCCCCACCCCUGAUACCAGGCCUAGGGCAGCAGGGAGCACAAGGUCGCCUCCCCCCUCUUAACCCUGGACAAGGACCUGGCCCUCACAAAGGUGACUCACGUGGUCCUCCGAACCAUCACAUGGGCCCAAUGUCAGAGAGACGGCACGAGCAGAGCAGCGGGCCCGAGCACGGUCCCGAGAGGGGUCCUUUCCGGGGCGGCCAGGACUGCAGGGGUCCCCCUGAUAGGCGCGGCCCUCACCCCGACUUCCCCGAUGACUUCAGCAGACCAGAUGACUUCCACCCCGACAAGCGCUUUGGCCACCGGUUACGUGAAUUUGAGGGGCGAGGAGGACCUUUACCGCAAGAAGAGAAGUGGAGGCGUGGGGGCCCUGGGCCUCCGUUUCCUCCUGAUCACAGGGAGUUCAGUGAGGGGGAUGGCCGGGGCGCGGCCCGGGGCCCUCCAGGGGCGUGGGAAGGCCGCAGACCUGGAGACGAACGCUUCCCCCGGGAUCCUGAGGACCCACGGUUUCGAGGGCGCAGAGAAGAAAGCUUCAGACGAGGAGCCCCCCCGAGACAUGAGGGCCGUGCUCCCCCCAGAGGAAGGGAUGGUUUCCCUGGUCCCGAAGACUUUGGACCAGAGGAGAAUUUUGAUGCUUCUGAUGAAACAGCCCGAGGAAGAGAUCUCAGAGGUCGAGGUCGGGGUACCCCACGAGGAGGAAGGAAGGGUUUACUUCCCACUCCUGAUGAGUUCCCUCGCUUUGAAGGAGGUCGGAAACCAGACUCCUGGGAUGGAAAUAGAGAGCCAGGGCCAGGCCAUGAACACUUCCGUGAUGCUCCCCGCCCUGAUCAUCCCCCUCACGACGGGCAUUCCCCAGCUAGCAGAGAGCGGUCCUCUUCUCUCCAAGGCAUGGACAUGGCAUCCCUACCACCCCGAAAGCGCCCCUGGCAUGAUGGGCCAGGAACCUCUGAGCAUAGAGAAAUGGAAGCCCCAGGGGGUCCUUCUGAGGAUCGAGGAGGCAAAGGCCGAGGGGGCCCCGGACCUUCUCAGAGAGUGCCAAAGUCCGGACGUUCCAGCUCCUUGGAUGGAGAUCACCAUGAUGGAUACCACAGAGAUGAACCUUUUGGGGGCCCUCCAGGCAGUGGUACCCCUUCUAGAGGGGGCCGGAGUGGCAGUAACUGGGGUAGAGGGAGUAACAUGAACUCUGGCCCGCCAAGGCGAGGAGCUUCAAGGGGGGGUGGAAGGGGUCGGUAGAAGUUGGGGCUCAAUACCCCUCGGCCUCUCUGGACAGUAUUUAAGAACUUCUGUGGACUUUCCAAGAGAAACAAAAGGAAACCUGCACCGUGUAGCCCUGAACUCUUUCUGGAGCAGCCGAAUCCCAGGAGCCCCUGAUGUCGUCAAGGUGAAGAGACUGCUGCCAGAGCAGCUGGCUACCCAGAGUAGCUGGCCUUGUUUGGUCCCGUCCGCCCAAAUUGCCCUAAAUCCCACGUGGGCUUGGGAAGAUGAGCGCUGGAAUUUUUUGUUUUUUUUUUAAAGUGUCACAAGACAUGGAACCUCCACAAAUUUAAGUUCAUGUCCAAUUGGAAAUUUGUUUCUAUAUGUACAGUUUGUCAGAGAAAAAGUUGUUUUUGUAUGAAUACAGAAUGUGAUUUACGCAAGAAUUAACAGAAAACAACUCGUCGUCAAGUGCUUGCCUUAAGGAAACCCUUAGCUUCCAUUGCAUCCGGUCUGCUGAGGGGUGUACAAUUAUUGCUUAUAUUUGUGAGCAUACUUGAUGGGAAUCUCUAAGUCAUCUAAAGUCAUCUGUGAACUUUUUGUUUUUAAACAAAUUCUUAUCUAGCCAUUCUGUCACACUUAUUUUUGUAGUAGAGUGAGAAAUACUUCAAAACUAUAACAAGGUUUGAAGUAGAUUCAAAGCCUUAUUAUUAGUUAGAUCUACUGUGGCAGAUGGAAAAUUAUACACCGGAGGAAAAAAAAAUCUGGAUGUCCAAGUAGGGGUCUUCCUUGGCUGCAUCUCCUAGUAAUCACACCUUAGACUUGAAUUGCCUUUUUCUGAUGAGAGGAACUUGACAUAAACCAGAAAUCAACUACA